ACCAAAUUACCAAAUUUAUAUUGGUAAGUUAUAAACACAGGUUUUAAAGUUUGAAAGUGUUUGUCUGGGGAAAAAAAAAAACACAGGAGAUAAGCACUCUCUAGUUCAGGUAGACUAGGCUUGAGGCUUAGAGCAGUUUGCUUGUAUGUGUAAUGCUCGUGCCCUGCUGAUGAGAUGUUGUCUCUGCACUACAGGAAGUGAUGGCAAACCUGGAGGAGAGCAAAUAUCAGAACGUCAAGCUGCGCCUGUCCAUCUAUGGUCGUUCGAGGGACAAGUGGGACAAGCUAGCCAAGUGGGCAGUCAAACAUGGGGUCUAUUCAGACAACGUCCGCUAGCUGGUUCAGGUGCCCCGCUCCUUUCAUGUGUACCAUACCAAGAAACAACUGUCCAACUUUCAGGAGAUGUUAGAGAACAUCUUCAUGCCUCUGUUUGAGGCCACCAUCAACCUUGGCAGUCACCCAGAGCUGCACCUUUUCUUACAGCACGUGGUGGGCUUUGACAGCAUAGGUGAUGAGUCUAAACCAGAACACAUCUUUGACUCAGACAGUCCACUUCCUGUCAACUGGACGGAAGAGGACAACCCUCCUUACUCUUACUACCUCUACGCAGUCAAUGAUGGCUUCAGUGGACACACCUCCACCUCCUCCACCUCCUCCACCCCCUUCGCCUCCACAACCAAACUUGGGGACAGAGAAAAGGGACAGGUAAAAGAAGAGGAAGAAGGCGAAGAAAAAGAAUUUUAAAAAGAAGAAGUUCAACCCAGUUUUCAAAAAGAUAUAUGAGGAAGAAGAAGACCUCUGACGACACAGUUAUUCUAGAAUAAUUUUAAC